GGCAGUGCGCGAGCGUGUGUGAAAAGUCUACCACGGGACGUGCCGAGUUCCGAGCCUCUUUUUGGGAAAUCUAUCUUCACAUUUUUAUCAAGCUGACGAUGUAACUUGAAUGUAACUCCUCAGUAGUGGCGCACACUGACUUGAACGCUGGAAAAGUAUUCAACUUUACUGCAUAUUUUCUCCUGGAACAAAAUGGAUUGCAAAGUAGCCCUUUGGACCGUUUGUUUAUUUUUACUAAGUGGCCAUGCGCCACUUGCCUCUGCACUCGUCCAGGAGAGCCAACCCAUCCCCCCCUCCGGACGCCCUUCUCCCCCUCACCUGGGUCGACGUCUCCGCUCCCCAAGACCCUCCACCCGCCCCGAGCGCCCCAUCGUCCCCGCCCGGGCCCCCAUCGUCCACCUGAGCCCAGACGAAAUAAAGCAGCUCCGCUUCAAGCCCACCGCAGGUACCCUCCACCUCUCGCCCGGCAUGGCCAAUGUGGACCUGAACUGCUCCAUCCAGUUUCGGGGUUCGGCCAAGAUGGACUUCUACCUGCACGAACCCAUCACGUGGAUCAAGGACGGGGUGGAGAUACCCGGCAGCAUCCAGAUGGAUGCCUACAGCGGGGACAAGUACAGCCUGACCUCCACACUGAGCAUCACCAAUGUGGAUCGUGCUGAUGCGGGAGAGUAUCGCUGCAGACUCAGUGUCAGCAGCUCCAUGAUUGAGUCCGACGUCAUCAGGGUGGAGGUUGAAGGCUUGCCAACAUUCACCAAGCAGCCGACUGAUGUGAAUGUGACUAGUAAUGGCCCUUUCGAGCUGACGUGUGAGGCAGUGGGCCCUCCAUACCCUGUCACCAUCACCUGGCUCUACAACGGAGAGAAGAACGUGUCAGAGCCCUCCCCCAGCACCGUUCACCUCACAGGUAUAGACAAGCCUGGCCGCUACAGCUGUGAGGCCGUCAACGCUAAGGGAGUGACCGGCUCCAGAGAGGCGCACAUCAACAUCAAAGGUCUCCCAGACCGUAUCGGGGGCCUGAACGUCACGGAGCAGAGCUACAACAGGCUGAUGCUCAGCUGGACACCCGGACACGACGGAUACUCACCACUCUCCCAGUGCUCUAUCUCAGUGCGAGAGCUGAGCAUCAGGGAGGGCAGUCCGACGCGUGUGGUCAUCGCCCACGUCCCUCCCUUCCAGCACGAGGUGACAGGCCUGAGAGCCAUGACUCCCUACAACAUGAGUGUCUCUUGCAGCAACGAGGUGGGAAACUCCAAACCCAGCGCCUGGGUUAAGAUCAAGACACCUGAAGGAGUGCCGUCGGAGCCUCCGCGUAAUGUCUCCGUGAUGCUGAACGACUCUGUGAUGGUGGUCCGCUGGGUCCCGCCACCCCCCGACAAGAUCAAUGGCAACCUGAAAGGCUACGACGUCAUCAUCAAACACGGAGUCAAUGGCACACACAUGAACACGAUCUCCAGCACCUCAACUGAGGCCACAUGGAUCCUGUCGGCCUUCAACACCACCUACAGCAUCCAGGUGGCCGCACGCACUGGAGCAGGCAGCGGAGCACUCAGCUCACGCUUCUGGAUACGCGUCAACGAGUCAGCCACCGGCAUAACCACCUUCCCGCCGUUGGGUUCGGAGCACGCCUCUGACUCUGUGUACGUGGUGCUGGGGGUGGUGUGCGGUUUCCUGCUGCUGCUGAUGGUGAUGUGGGGCGCCGUGUGCUUCAGGAGCAGACUGCUGGAGACACGCCUGGGGCAGCUGUUUGCAAACGACGGGAAGCUUCAACCCACAGUGCAGUACACACCCCAAAGGACCUACAACCGUUCGGCCAUCGAGAUAACAUUGGCCAAUCUUGGUGUGAGUGCGGAGCUUCAAGCUAAACUGCAGGACGUCAUGAUCACCCGGAACCUGCUGUCCAUUGGGAAAGUCUUAGGAGAGGGAGAGUUUGGGUCAGUGGUGGAGGGCCACCUGAGGAAACAAGACGGCAGUGCCGAGAAGGUGGCCGUGAAGACCAUGAAGCUGGACAACUUCUCUCAGAGGGAGAUUGAGGAGUUUCUAAACGAGGCCGCCUGCAUGAAAGACUUCCACCACCCCAACGUCAUUAAGCUCCUGGGUGUGUGUUUGGAGGUGAGUUCAGGCCACUUCCCCAAGCCCAUGGUAAUCCUGCCCUUUAUGAAGUACGGAGACCUUCACAGUUUCCUGCUGCGCUCUCGCCUUGGAGAAAGACCACAGUACUUGCCUACUCAGAUUCUCCUGAAGUUCAUGAUCGACAUUGCGUUGGGCAUGGAGUACCUCAGCAGCCGCAACUUCCUGCAUAGAGACCUCGCAGCUCGCAACUGCAUGCUACGAGAUGACAUGACGGUGUGUGUGGCAGACUUUGGCCUGUCCAAGAAGAUCUAUAGCGGCGACUAUUACCGCCAGGGCAGGAUAGCCAAGAUGCCCGUCAAGUGGAUAGCCGUGGAGAGUCUGGCAGACAGAGUUUUCACGGUGAAAAGCGACGUGUGGGCCUUUGGAGUGACAAUGUGGGAGAUAGCGACGCGUGGCAUGACGCCGUACCCGGGGGUGCAGAACCACGAGAUCUACGACUACCUCCUGGAUGGGCACCGACUUAAGCAGCCCACCGACUGUCUAGACGAACUCUAUGAGAUCAUGUACAGCUGCUGGCGGGCGGACCCCCUGGACCGGCCGGACUUCACGCAGGCUCGCGAGCUCCUGGAGAAGAUGGCGGAGAAGCUCCCGGACGCCUCCAGCCGGGAGAACCUCAUUUACAUCAACACCAGCUUCCCUGAGGAGGACCCCACACCUGACGCAUCUAUGGAGGGAGCUUCGGCAGGGGCAGCAGCAUUCCCAAUGACCGAGGGCGGAAUUCACAAUUUGGAAUUCCAGAUGGACGUGGAUCCGGUGUCAUGCUCCUCGCCGUCCUGCAGUCGGCAGGUGACAUUGUCACCGUCGUCUGUUGUCACGGCGGCAGACAUUCACGAGAGCUGCAAGGCCACCGCUGCCGCUGAGGGUGACGAUGGGGACGAUGAGGAGGAUCGUUAUGUCAUUGUCACGCAGAAGCCACCGCAGGGGACAGGGGCGCUGAUGGGGGCGGGGUUAGGGACUGGGGCAGGGUUAGGGACUGGGGCGGGGUUAGGGACUGGGGCGGGGUUAGGGACUGGGGCGGGGUUAGGGACUGGGGCAGGGUUAGGGACUGGGGCAGGGGCAGGGGCAGGGGCAGGCCCGUCAUCGGCUGUGGAGACGCCGCUACUUUCUGACAUUGAGGAGCGGGGGGGAGCCCCUUGGAACAUCUCCGACACAGAGCAGAGGACACGACAACAACAACAGGACGUGGAUGACAGCACACGCCUACUCUCUGGUGAAAAGGAGAGUUGA